AUGGUUUCUUGCCAUCUUCCCAGAUUGAUGGGGAACAUCGUAAGGACGCCGCUAAAGGAUCUUGUGCCUCUCCCAAAACGACCGCUUGAUGUCGAUCACGUUGAUAUGGACUUUUCGGACGUGUUUGGACCUCUACCUACUCAAUCACCUGAUGCAAACGAAUCUUCUGAAGAUCCAGAUUUGAUUUCCGGCCCUAGGGACAAACUCGAGAAGUUGUCUCUUGAGAGUACUACUGGUGUCUUGAAGAAAGAUACUGUUGAAGGUGCUGCAAUAGGGCUGGAGGACUUCGAGGUAUUAAAGCUUGUUGGCGAAGGUGCGUAUGGAAAAAUUUAUCAAGUCAGGAAGGUGGGUACAUCAGAUUUUUACGCGAUGAAGGUCAUCCGAAAAGCUAAGAUUGUAAAAAGCAAUCUUGCUGAUUAUGUGAAGAGUGAGAGGGAUAUAUUGGCAAAAGUCGAUCAUCCCUUCAUAGUUCGUCUCAGAUACUGUUUCCAGACCAAGUAUAGACUAUACCUUGUUCUUGAUUUUGUCAAUGGUGGUAGCCUUUUCUCUCAAUUAAGCAGGCAAGGCUUGUUCCGUGAGGAUAUAGCUCGAACCUACGCAGCUGAGAUUGUCUCUGCUGUGUCUUAUCUCCAUGCUAAUGGAAUAUUGCACAGGGAUCUUAAGCCAGAAAACGUACUCCUGGAUGCAGAGGGACAUGCAAUGCUAACUGAUUUUGGCUUGGCAAAGCAAUUUGAAGAUCAGAAGAACACCCGAUCUGACACUAUUUGUGGAACCACGAAAUACAUGGCACCUGAAGUUGUUCUUGGGAGAUAUUAUGACAAGGCUGCUGACUGGUGGAGUCUGGGCAUUUCCUUGUAUGAGAUGCUAACGGGAUUUCCGCCUUUCAUGGGUGAGAACCAACACAUACUUCAGGGGAAGAUCCUUAAGGAUAAAAUCAGGCUCCCGCCUUUUCUGUCAAGGGAUGCACAUUCACUGUUGAAAGGGCUACUGCAAAAGGAUGCAAACAAACGCCUUGGAAACGGGCCGACAGGUAGCGAAGAGAUAAAGGGCCACAAAUGGUUCAGGUCUAUCAACUGGAAGAAGUUAGAGGCUCGGGAAAUUCAACCAAGUCUUGUUCCACAAAUUACUGGAAAACAAUGCAUCACCAACUUUCAGGAGUGCUGCACUAACUUGCCUGUGAUUGAUUCUCCAGCUUCCAGUCCAAGAUGCGCCAACAAUACCUUCCAAGGAUUCACUUAUGUAAGGCCUGCAGCUGCUUUUUAA